AUGUCCAACAUUCUCCGCCGCCUCCAAGGCGGAAACCUAGAAGUCUUCAAGUUUGGAAUGUACAUCCUUUUCCCCAUCGGCUGGAUGUACUACUUCGGCACAAACCUCGAAGAACGCUUCUCCGUGCCCGGCUUCUGGCCUACGGUCGAACAAUCACAUAAAAUUCCGGAGACGAAGGAGGAUAUUGAAGCGGAGUUGUCAAGGAUGAGGACGUUAGAUGCGGUCAGGGUGAAGAGGAGGCAGCAGCAGGAAGAGGAAGCGAGGCAGAGACAGCAGGAGAUCAUGGGUGCGCAGGCGUCGGGGGAGGGAACGGCGUGA